AUGGAGACAGAGAGGAAAGUUAGUUUUGGACCUACUGUGAAAGUCAGUCAUGGUAGAGGGUCCAGUGGCGCAAGUCAACCAGGCAAUUCUUCUAAAGGAGAUGGACCAAGUACUCUAGAGAUGUCUACAGAACAGUUUCACAGCAGCUAUAAAAAAACUGUCCAAGAGCCAGUCAAAGACAAACUGGCAGGCGGUCCACUUGAUUAUUUUAUGCUAUUGACAGGAUCUUCUCAAUUGAAAUCAGUUGAUAAAAAUACUGCUCAGACUAAGCGUAUCAUACGUUGUGUAUUUGACGACAAUUGCCCGAAUGUCUCUCAAAUCAAAGUCCAACCAAGCACAUCUAGCAAAAGCCAUAAAAGACGUCUGUACAUGUUCCUGAACGUUUUAAAUGCAAUAAUCGAGCAUUACGAGAGUUGCCAUACAACACCCAGCAAUGAGGAGCAGGAGCGACUAGAAAUAGUUCGUCAAAGGCGCACAGAAGUGGAACAGGAAAUAGAACAGGAGAAGAAAGAACGUGAAUGUGUUAAGGAGUCGCAGAGGCGCGAAUCCGAAUCGAAGAAACGCGAUAGUGCAUCAGCACAAGCUUGGGCGGAUUCUGCUGGUUUAUGGUGA